CUCGGCGUCGUCACUCAUUUUCCUUCCGUUUGUCUAUACGUCUAUACGCCCAUAAUGCUUUGCCUAAAAAAGGGUUUCUAGAUUGCCCGACACAUGGUACGUCUUCUGUAGCUCAUUCAGUCUAGAUAGAAUGCCUUCCAUGUCCCUGUCAGACACAUCGAGAUUGACUUUCUCUUCUUGUACCACGUUUACUGUCGUUCCUUUAUAUCGUCCGUCUUUUCCCAUUCAUUUAACUUUCUCUUUUGCAUCAUCGACAGGACAGACCUUGCUUCCCUCAUUUUCAUAGAAUCUAUCAGCAGACCUUCCCUUCUUUGGGUCACCUUCUUUCCAAUCGCAUACUAAUUGACUAUGGCAGAAGACAUAUCAGACGGCGCUGCAAGUGAAUAUGCGCCGAUCCAGGGUGGUUCUCGUUCAGUCGCUACCUCAUCGACCAAUACUGGGCCCAAUAGUCGGGGAGAGAAAUACGACGAGCUGACUCCGGUAGCCACCCGACGAGCUUCCAUCGCCCCGGAUGAAGCUCGUUACCUCACUCAGCUAGCCAGCCGUGACAAUGCAGUCUCCAGGGUCAGCACUGUGGCCGAUAUCUCACUCGAUGAUCCGGCUUUGAACCCGGAAAAUAAAGACUUUGAUUUGUACAAAUGGUUACGGAAGGUCGUCCAUGUGCUCAAUGAAGAAGGAGUUCCUCGUAGAGAAGCCAGCAUAUUUUUCCAACAUCUUCGCGUCUCCGGCACGGGAGCGGCCUUGCAAUUGCAGAAGACAGUCGCGGACAUUAUAACCGCUCCCUUUCGGCGGGAGACUUGGAGCUUCCGGAACAAAACCUCCAAGACCAUUCUGCAUGACUUCAACGGUGUGUUGCACAGCGGGGAGUUGCUGAUUGUGCUGGGUCGACCCGGUUCAGGGUGCAGCACUUUCCUCAAGACCCUCAGUGGGGAACUGCAUGGCUUGAACGUUGACGAGAAGACCAUCCUUCACUACAGCGGAAUUCCGCAAUCUACGAUGAUCAAACAGUUCAAAGGCGAAGUCGUCUACAACCAGGAAGUUGACAAACACUUCCCUCACUUGACUGUCGGCCAGACUCUGGAAUUUGCGGCAGCGGUGCGCACUCCAUCCAAAAGACUGGGCGGUAUGUCCAGGAACGAGUAUGCUCAGAUGAUGACCAAAGUCGUCAUGGCUGUCUUCGGUCUGAGCCACACGUACAACACCAAAGUUGGAAACGACACGGUUCGAGGAGUGUCCGGUGGUGAGCGCAAGCGAGUCAGUAUCGCGGAAAUGGCUCUGGCAGGCGCUCCGUUGGCAGCCUGGGACAAUUCCACCCGGGGGUUGGAUUCGGCAACCGCGUUGAAGUUCGUCGAAUCCUUGCGAUUAGCUGCAGACUUGAACUCGUCCGCACACGCUGUGGCGAUAUACCAAGCCAGCCAGGCCAUUUAUGAUCUCUUUGACAAAGCUGUGGUGCUGUACGAGGGACGCCAGAUUUAUUUCGGCCCGGCCAGCAAGGCCAAGGCGUUCUUCGAACGGCAAGGAUGGUUCUGUCCCCAACGUCAGACGACCGGUGAUUUCCUCACAUCGGUGACCAACCCAAUUGAAAGACAAGCUCGGCCGGGCAUGGAGUCCCAGGUGCCCCGAACCGCGGCUGAGUUCGAAGCAUACUGGCACCAGUCGGACGAAUACAAAGAGCUUCAGCGGGAGAUGGCUGCUUUCCAAGGAGAAACGUCUUCGCAGGGUAAUGAGAAACUCCUCGAAUUUCAGCAGCGCAAGCGCCUGGCGCAGGCAUCCCAUACCCGGCCCAAGUCUCCGUAUCUCCUCAGCAUUCCCAUGCAGAUCAAACUCAACACCAAGCGUGCAUAUCAACGAGUGUGGAAUGAACGGACUUCCACUAUGACUACGUUCAUUGGCAACACCAUUCUCGCCUUGAUCGUGGGUUCUGUCUUCUACGGAACUCCCACAGCCACCGCGGGGUUUUACGCCAAGGGUGCGACCCUUUUCUACGCCGUGCUGCUUAAUGCCCUUACCGCAAUGACCGAGAUUAAUAGCUUAUAUUCCCAGCGACCAAUCGUCGAGAAACAUGCAUCGUUUGCCUUCUAUCAUCCCGCCACCGAGGCCAUUGCAGGGGUUGUCAGUGAUAUCCCGGUCAAGUUCCUCAUGGCAGUAGCGUUCAACAUCAUUCUCUAUUUCCUGAGUGGUCUACGUCGCGAACCGUCUCAAUUCUUCAUUUAUUUCCUCAUUACGUUCAUCAUCAUGUUCGUCAUGAGUGCUGUCUUCCGGACCAUGGCCGCAAUCACCAGGACUGUUUCCCAGGCCAUGACACUGGCCGGUGUCCUGAUUUUGAUGCUAGUAAUCUACACCGGAUUCGUUGUUCCAGUAAAUUAUAUGCACCCAUGGUUCAAGUGGAUUCACUAUCUGAAUCCUAUUUUUUACGCCUUUGAGAUCCUGAUAGCCAAUGAGUUUCAUGGGCGGGAGUUUACCUGUUCACAGUUUAUCCCUGCCUAUCCCAAUCUACCCGGCGACUCCUUCGUCUGCUCGGCAAGAGGUGCUGUUGCUGGUCGUCGGACUGUUAGUGGGGAUGCAUACAUCGAAGCGUCAUACAGCUACAGCUAUUCGCAUGUCUGGAGAAACUUUGGUAUUCUGAUAGCAUUCUUGGUUGGCUUCAUGGUCAUCUACUUCAUCGCAACCGAACUGAACUCCGCCACGACCAGCUCAGCGGAGGUUCUUGUCUUCCGUCGAGGCCACGAGCCUGCCCACUUGAAGAGUGGACACGAGCCCGGUGCGGAUGAAGAGGCCGGCGCUGGCAAGACGGUGGUUUCUUCCUCCGCUGAAGAAAACAAGCAAGACCAAGGUAUUGCGUCGAUUCCUCCUCAGCAGGAUAUCUUCACCUGGCGCGACGUGGUGUACGAUAUCGAGAUCAAAGGUGAGCCUCGUCGGCUGCUUGAUCACGUAUCAGGCUGGGUCAAGCCGGGUACAUUGACGGCCCUAAUGGGUGUCAGUGGUGCGGGAAAGACCACGCUGCUUGACGUGUUGGCACACCGUACAACCAUGGGCGUCAUCACUGGAGACAUGUUCGUCAAUGGUAAACCGCUGGAUUCAAGCUUCCAGCGGAAAACGGGUUACGUGCAGCAGCAGGAUUUGCAUCUUGAGACAGCCACGGUGCGUGAGAGUCUGCGCUUUAGCGCGACGCUGCGCCAGCCAGCCUCUGUAUCCAAGAAGGAGAAAUACGCGUACGUGGAAGAGGUCAUCAAGAUGCUCAACAUGGAGGACUUUGCUGAGGCAGUGGUCGGUGUGCCUGGCGAGGGUUUGAAUGUUGAGCAACGCAAGCUGUUGACCAUUGGUGUGGAACUGGCGGCUAAACCGAAACUGUUACUGUUCUUGGAUGAACCAACCAGUGGUCUCGAUUCCCAGAGCUCUUGGGCUAUCUGCAACUUCCUCCGCAAGCUGGCUGACGCAGGACAAGCCAUCUUGUGCACCAUUCACCAGCCUAGUGCCAUCCUGUUCGAGCAAUUUGACCAGCUGCUCUUCUUGGCUCGAGGUGGCAAGACAGUGUAUUUUGGCCCUAUUGGAGAGAAUUCGCGGACGCUCCUCGACUAUUUUGAGUCGCAUGGUGCUCGCCGCUGUGGUGAUCAGGAAAACCCAGCCGAAUAUAUGCUUGAAGUCGUCAACGCUGGCACCAAUCCUCGAGGCGAGAACUGGUUCGACUUGUGGAAGGCAAGCAAAGAAGCUGCCGCUGUUCAGACCGAAAUCGACCGCAUCCACGAGGCCAAGCGAGGCGAGGCUGAAAGCAAUGAUAGCACCGACCCCAAAGACCGCGAACACGAUGAAUUUGCCAUGCCGUUCUUCAAGCAAUUGCCCAUUGUCAUAGUGCGAGUUUUCCAGCAAUACUGGCGACUCCCCAUGUAUAUUGUGGCCAAGAUGAUGCUUGGCAUAUGCGCAGGUCUGUUCAUCGGAUUCUCAUUUUUCAAGGCCGAUACUUCUCUGCAGGGCAUGCAGAAUGUCAUCUUCUCCGUGUUCAUGCUGUGUGCCAUCUUCUCCUCCCUUGUCCAGCAGAUUAUCCCAUUGUUCAUCACGCAGCGCGCUCUCUAUGAGGUCCGCGAGCGGCCCAGCAAGACGUAUUCCUGGAAAGCCUUCAUGAUUGCGAACAUCAUCGUCGAGAUUCCCUAUCAGAUCCUGAUGGGAAUCCUCGUGUUUGGCUGCUACUACUACGCAGUGAAUGGCGUGCAAUCGUCUGACCGGCAAGGGCUGGUCCUGUUGUUCUGCGUACAAUUUUUCAUCUACGCGAGCACCUUUGCCGACUUUGUGAUUGCCGCCCUACCGGACGCCGAAACGGCGGGUGCCAUUGUGACCCUCCUGUUCUCCAUGGCUCUGACGUUCAAUGGUGUCAUGCAGACACCCGAAGCACUGCCUGGAUUCUGGAUCUUCAUGUACCGCGUCUCGCCGUUCACCUACUGGGUAGGCGGAAUGGCCGCCACGCAGCUGCACGGCCGUGCAGUCAAGUGUAGCGCAGCCGAAACAGCCGUCUUCAAUCCUCCAUCGGGGCAGACAUGCCAGGAAUACAUGGCAGACUACAUGGCUGUGGCACCGGGGCACCUCAGCAACCCCAACGCGACCUCGUCGUGCGAAUUCUGCUCCCUCUCCGUCGCAGACCAGUACCUGGCGAGCGUCAACAUCUACUGGAGCGAGCGGUGGCACAACUUUGGAAUCUUCUGGGCGUACGUCGCAUUCGACAUCGCCGUGGCAGUCAUGCUCUACUACUGUUUCCGGGUGAAGAAGUGGAACUUUUCAUUGGGCAAGCGCAAGAAGGCCAAGACUGCUUAACUGGGUUCAUCAAAACCACAUGUACACACCCUCACUUAAUCACUAUCCAUAUACAUAGAAUGCACACAAACUUUCCUUCCGUUGUAUC